CUCGGUAAGCGACUUGCGAGACUAAACUUUUCUGUUCCUGAAUGCAAACUUUGUCUAAGAAAGAAGACAUUCUCAAUGCUCAUCAAAAUUCAGAGUUGGCUGUUGCAGCCAAAGGUAUGGAGAUUAGUGUGUUUCGUUUCAUCUAUCGUUGGACUUCUGUGUUAUGCUCUUAGUUCCUCUUUCAAUCAUUUAUUUGGAAAUUGGACAUGGUGGAAGAUAUUUCUUUAUAUCGUGUUUAGUUUCUUCAUCUCCCUUGCCGUCUUACUCGCAAAGGCAUGGGAAUGCUCCACCUCUCGCUGUCUGAAAGCUCACACAGCUUUUUUGAUUUUGUUAGUCACUUCUGUAUACUCUUUUUUCUUCGACAAAGAAGUGAAAGGGAAGCCAGAUGCAUAUAAUCUAGUCUCGUGUGUUGCCUUUGCUAUCAUGUCUUUAGGCUUGUCAAGACUGAGUCACUUGGGAUUUGAGGUUGAUCUCCUUUAUUUUUUCAGUGGUGUUCUCACAGUACAACUCAUGAAAAUAAAACCAUGGUUAGUCAUAGUUGGAGGGAGUUUCAGUUAUUCCCUCAUCAUUCUUCGUUCCACUUUGAAUGCUCUACCAAGAACCGGGUAUCUCGGACUCACUGUCCAAGAUCAAGUAGUCAUUGAAAUUGUUUCACUCUCACAAGGAACUAGUGAAACUGCUUCUCAAGCUGAUUCACCCCAAGAGGUUGAUGCUCCUCCAGAAAAUGAGGAUCGAGGAUUCACAGUGACUCAAGUUGUUUCACGUAAUUCACUGCAAGGCAUAAGUGAGAGUGAUAAUAAUAUUAAUAUCAUGCCACGAUUCAUAGAAUGUAUAGAGACACUUAAGAAGGAGAAUGGAAAACUUAUUGAUGCAAUUUCCAAGCAUGUAGACGGAUACCUUAAAACUAACGUGGCGGAAAUCCAUGCCGACAACAACUUAGUGGUGGAUGUGUUGCCGUUGGGAAUCAUCAAAGACCUUCAAGAAACCGUGUGGUUGAUGCUGACAAGAGGGUUUGGAGAGGACUGCUGGAGAGCGUACAGUUCUUGCAGGAGGGAAUUCUUGAAGGAGUGUCUAUGGGCAUUUGGGUUGCAAAUGCAAGAUCUCAACACGGAGGACAUUGACAAGAUUGAGAAGGUUCGGUGUUGGUUAACAAAGGCUUUACAUGUAGCUGACAAUAUACUCUUUCCCAAUGAAAGGAGACUCUGUGAUCGCGUCUUUAAGGGGGCCUCUUCCUAUGCAGAUAUUGCUAUCAGGGAGGUUUCUAGGGAAUUGACAAUUAGUCUACUGCGCAUUGCCAACCACUUGGCAACUUUUCUUGAGUGUAGAAGUUUUGCAUAUUGUAAGGACGGCCAGCUUCAUCCGAAUAUACGUGAACUGAUGCAAAAAAUUUGUGGUGUUUGCAUAAGAAGGGAAAGUAGAUUUAGGCAAGGUUUAGAAAAAUACACCAUGAUUGAUAAAGAGAGGAAGCUUUCACCGCCGGUGCAUGUGGCCAGGAUAAUAAUAACAGAGUUGUUAGAGAGAAUUUUGGAAGCGGACUCCAAAAAUUACAAUAACCAUGCUCUGGGUUAUGUUUUCGUCAUGAACAAUCUUAGAUACAUAGAACGAGAGGCAAACUUGUAUGGAUUGGUACCAAUUUUUGGCCACGAAUGGCUCCGAAAAAACACAAUAAAAUUCCAACAAAACCUCGAACUGUAUCAGAAAAGCUCAUGGAAUAAGAUUGUGGACUUGUUGAAGAUGGACAUUAAUAAUGAGUCAGAGCCUGAUGUUGCAGUUGGGUUAAUGAAAGACAAGCUCCGUUCCUUCAACAAAUACUUUGAUGAGAUAUGCAAUGUUCAGUCUACAUGGUUUGUCUUUGAUGAGCAGUUAAGAGAAAAAAUAAUAAAAUCCAUAGAAAACAUCUUGUUGCCAACAUAUGGAAACUUCAUUGGGAGGUUUCAGGAUUUUUUUGGAAAGUACGCUUAUGAGCACAUCAAGUAUGGAAUGUUUGACGUAGCAGAUCGAAUCAACAAUCUGUUCCUGGCAGGGGAGUAGAUGAAUCCGAUGCUGGAAUGAGAAGGAAAGAUACCCUAGUUAUUUAGCAUACAAAAACAUUUAAGAUUAAGUUCCCAAAGGAUGUGUACCCUUGUGUUAUAUAGCAUUGUAUGUUUCAAGUUUCAACACAAUAACAAAUGUAUGUUUCCUUUUAUUUUG